AUGAGUAGUAUUGUCAAGAAGGGCACGCAUUUUGCGCCCAAGAUAAAGAAAAAGGUUAUUCGAAGGAAAAACCUGUCAGUUUCUGGUGGUAUAACUCCUCCAGCUACCCAAGUGCACAAACCUUCUCAAGAUGGAUUUACAAUUCCAGGCAUGGAAAAGACCAUGAGUGCCAUAGAAGCUGAGGAUCAAGAUGUGGUACCACAAGAAUCCCUCAAGACGUUGUUACCUCCCCAAACGGCCACUCCUGAAAGCACACAACCUGUUGUCAAUAAUGAAAAUAACAAUAAACCUUCGUUCAAGUUCUCUUUGACUAAUGAAUCUCCCAAGAAGCCAGAACUAGUAGCGGAAGAAGACAUUGAUCCUAUGGAUACAUCUAAGAGAUUAGAUGAAGACAAGCCUUCUGAGUCAUAUCAAAAUGCUGAAGAGUUCAGCGAUAAUUCUGAUGAUGAAGUUUUCAAGUUGCCAGAAGAGAACCAAAUGAGUAGGCGUCAGUCGUCUGUGCGUAGAUUAUCUGGAAUAACAUCAACUACGAUAAGGAGUAGAUCAGGUUCGGUCUCGUUGAAACCGCCUUCUGUUUCUGAAGCAGAUUCUCAGUAUGUUCCCGCAAGAAUCAACAUUCCUGUGGCUAAGUCUACUAAGAGAAGGAGAUCACUGGCUCCAAUCAGACCUUCAGAGAAAAGAGCCAAGAUCAGAGCCAAUAUUGCUGCCAACCCUGCGACAGCUGCCGACCAAAUUGAAGCUGAUGAAGCUGAUGAACGUGCCCGUGCAGAAGCUCGUGAGGCUCCUACUUCGAAUGUAAACUCGGAAUAUGUGGUUGCUGUUGAUCCAGAGAGUAAACGGUUGAGAAAGUACCGAUUGAAGUCUAAGGACGAAGUCGAGCAAAAGAUCGAAGAAUUGCCUAAAAUCAGUGAUCAGACUCAACAUGCAGAGUUAGUACCUAUUGCUCCUCCAAUUUUAGAAACGACAAUCGAAAAUAUCAGACAGUUGCCUAAUACUGUAAAGAAUGAAGAUGUUGGUUUGUAUGCCGGUAUCGAGAUUGAGGUAGAUACCAUGACCAUGAGAGACUUGUGUAAACCCAGCUUGCCCAUUGGAAAGACCAGUUCUAACUUUACAAGUGUGCAGUUAGCUGAGGUUGCACUCAAGAAAAAGCGUGAUGACAGAAGGAGAUAUAGAGACUUGGCCCGUAUAGAAAGAAAACCUGUGGAGGAGAUAGAGGCACGUGAAGAGGAAAGAGGGAAGAAUUUGAAUGAAUCAGACAAAAAUUCAAAUGCAAAGGUAGCGAAGAGCAUAUUGGAUGGAGACGAUGAGCCUUCGCAGCCCAGUGGUGGUUUACAGUUGAAUCUUGAUGCCGAAGGUAGGAUUAGUUUGGACACAGAUUCUACUGUUGUUUCUAGACAUCUAAAGGCAGACAAUUCUGGUUUGAAAGUAGAGAUAGCCAAUGAGUUCGAGAGCCCUAUCAUUUCCUCUACGUAUUCAAAGAGAAGACACACUGAUCGUUGGACAAACGACGAGAUGAUACAAUUCUACCAGGCAUUAAGUACAUUUGGUACAGAUUUCUCGUUGAUUGCCCAGUUAUUUCCUUAUAGAUCCAGAAAGCAAAUCAAGAUGAAGUUCAAUUUGGAAGAAAAGAAGUUCCCUGAAGUUGUGGAAAUGGCACUCAAGAGAAAACUCCCAGCCAAUUUCGAAGCUUAUUGCUCUUCUGCCGACAAGAAAAUUGAAACUUUGGAACACUACAACAUACAAUUGCAACAGGUACGAAUCGAACAUGAGGAAAGUAUGGCGCAGAUUGCCCAAGAAAAGGAAAGAGCAAUACGAGAAGAUGCUGAAGAGAGCAGAAGAAGAGAAAUUGAAAUCAGAACCGGUUCCAAGCCCAUGACCAGAGCUGAGAGAAUCAAAGAAUUACGUAAGAAUGAAAUGGUGGUUGGGUCUGUUGACGAUGUCAAGAAACACCAAGACGCAGAAACAGUAUGA